AUGAUCGAUGAGUUCAACCUCUUAGUGUUAAUUCGCCUCCUGAGGUCAUUGUUUCAGGCUAGAAUUGGUGAUAGAGGGAUGAUAAUCUAUGAUGGCGAAAAAUACGCUUGCGUUUCGUGCAUAAGGGGUCACAGGUCGUCGACUUGUCGUCAUACAAGUAGGAUGCUGGUCAAAGUGCGUAGCAGGGGUAGACACGCAUCUCUGGACAUUAGGAAGGUGAUUAUAGUGGAUACGGAGUCUCAGGUUACUCCCGACGAGAACUCACCAGCUUGCGAUGGCUGUGGCGAUAGCGGAGGUGAUGCAAGUAAGGAAUGUGAAAAGAUGAACAAGCAACCGAUCCUGUUUCUGAGGACGAUUCGUAUGCAGAAGGCUGUGUUGAUUGAUGGAAAGCUAAAAAUUAUUGUAGAGGAAGAUGGAUCAUCUGGUGGCACCACAGAAGACGGCAAACCGGUUUACAGAUAUAUUUCAGAGAAGGAAUUCUUACGGCAGAACUCUGUUGCUUUGAAGAAUCCUAGUGCAACAACGGAGUGUUCGUGCAGUCACGUUACGGAGAAGAAUACAAUUGAAUCUACACCUGAGCCCAAGCUAGAGUUGAGUGAGAAUGAUAUUUGGAAAAAUGCACGCAGGAUAAGUUCGGCUCCAAUGAUGGACCAGGCACAAAUCGAUGACUAUCAAGGUGGAAAGCCAAUGUUCGAGUUGUUGACCCAUAGGGGAAUAUACCUCAGUACUCAAUGCUCCUGUAAGGAUGGUAAUUGUCAAUGUUCUAAUUGCUUACUGCAUAGAAACGAGGAAGAAUUAAACACAUAUAUACAGCGGAGUGGCGUGCCUCUGACGAAUGUUGGAGAGGCUACGUUGGCGAGUAAUACAACGAUGCCCCGUACCAAUAAUUGCAAAUGUUCUGCAGAAGAUUGCCAGUGCGAGGAGUGUCUCGAACAUCCCACAGAGAUCAUUGCAUUUAAUCGCAUUCUGUUUCAUGGUAUACUCAACAUGCCGCUAAAGAGGAAAACAAUUAUUAACUUCAAAGGUCGACUGAUACCUUCACAAUACUGGUGGGAUUUUUUGAAGUUGCAAGUACCGUUGAUGGCGGAGGCCCAGCUAGAUUAUAUCGAUGUCACCAAUUGGUUUGAAAAAAUCAUAUCUGUGUAUGAUUCGCAGCUGCUUGACGCCAGCAAUUUCCAUCUCGAUGUCGUAAAUUCAAUGUUUAACGUCUGA